CGGCGGGGUUUCAACUCUCUCGACAAAAUUCCUGACAGUUUUCUGAAAGAGCGUCCUAGCUUUCUGGACGCGCAGCGUAUUCUUCCGGCCUCAGCUCAGCUCUAAUUUUUAGUAGUCCAAUCGCCAUCAGUCGCGCUAGGAGCUCGCCCUAGCUUUAAAGAUGGGAACCGAUGAGCGGCACCCUCCCCCAGAGGGGAUAUUCUCGCUGCUUGACACAGAUUUAUACAAAUUAACGAUGCAAUGUGCCAUUCUCAAAUACUUUCCUGAUUCUGAGGUCACCUAUGCCUACACGAACCGGACUAAGGACAUGAAGUUUACAAGAGAGGCGUUCAGGUGGCUAAAGGCGCAAAUAGAUAAACUUUCAAAUAUCUCGCUGACACCCGAGGAGCUCGAAUUUCUCAAGGCAAACUGUUCAUACUUCAACCCUGCGUACUUGAGAUACCUAUCCACCUUUUGCUUCAGGCCAUCGGAGCAAGUGCAUGUUGACUUCGUGCCUCUUAAUGACACCGGAGCCGAUUCGGACAUUGGGGAUGUCACAAUGUCCGUCAAGGGCCUUUGGGUUGAGACCAUCCUCUACGAAAUUCCGCUCCUUGCGAUAACGAGUGAGGCAUACUUCAAAUGGUGUGAUCGAGAUUGGGAUUAUCAUCAACAGGAAGAGAAAGCUUUCCGGAAAGGUUGCGCGUUACUUGAGCAGGAAUGCACGUUUUCCGAGUUUGGAACCAGAAGAAGACGAGAUUACCAUACCCAAGAUCUGGUGAUGCGCGGACUGUGUCGGGCUGCGGAGAAAAGCCGCGAAGAAGGAUGGACAGGAUCAUUCUCCGGAACCAGCAACGUUCAUUUUGCCAUGAAGUGUGGUGUGCAACCAGUUGGCACCGUUGCCCAUGAAUGGUACAUGGGGAUAGCUGCCAUCACUGAUAACUAUGAAAAUGCAAAUGAGCUUGCACUGAGAUAUUGGCUUGGCUGUUUUGGCGAAGGGGUUCUCGGGGUCGCUUUAACCGAUACGUUCGGGACACCUGUAUUCCUAGAUGCCUUUAGCAAGCGGAUACCCGUGUACACGGCUGCCGCUGAAGGUCCGGACAGUACGCUCCCGUCAUCAGAAGGGAACCUAGGUGGAACUGGUGGUUUGGCCGAAACACAGCCGCCAAUUGCUGCUCCGAUCGAAUUCGGCGGCCGCGAGCCUGCGAAAACGUACGCAGAGGUUUUCACUGGCAUACGCCAAGAUUCGGGUGACCCAGUAUAUUUUGUCAAAAUGCUGAGAGACUUUUAUGACAAGCAGGGAAUCAAGGAUAAGAAGACCCUUGUUUUCUCUGAUUCUUUGAACAUCCAGCUGUGCUUGGAUUACAAAGUCAUUGCGGAAGAAGCCGGAUUUCGUCCCGUGUUUGGAGUCGGGACUUUCCUCACAAAUGAUUUCACAAAUUUGUCGGAUGGUAGGAAGUCUGUACCACUCAAUAUCGUAAUCAAGGUGUCCAGCGCUGGAGGCAGGCCGGCUGUGAAAUUAAGCGACAACCUUGGCAAGAACACAGGAGAUACUCAUACCAUCGUUGAAGUUAAGAAACGGCUGGGAUAUGUGGAACGUGAUUGGGAAAAUGGCGACGAAACUCGGCGAUGGGGGAAGAAGGGAGAUUAA